GACAGCCGGAGGCCCUGCUGUUGCUGGUGCGCUGAGGUUCACUCUUCCGGGGUUCAAACUACGAGUCCGCUGAGCCAGGGUAGAGUCAAGGACCACUGAUGAUAAGUUUGUAGUUCAUAUGUGCAACGUUUGCAUCGACGAACAAACAGACAAUUAACAAAAAAAACGUCCUGUGCAAGAGGACGCAGAGGAAGACACCGGUGAACUACGACCACGGCUAACAGUCCACAGCUGAAUAGUUAGCCACGGCCGCAGAUAGGUAUGUCUGAAGUUAGUCUUGAACCUGAAUCGGGGAGGACCUCAGCCGAGGACCCUCAGAUGGAUUGUGUGGAGGCUGACAAAUCAGAGGAGAGUUUGAGUGACGAUCUGAAACAGGAGAGUGUAGACUCCACUAGGGAAAGUGAUCGCACAGAUGAGGUGCUGUAUGACAUUGAUAUCGACAGCGGUGACGAAAAAGCUGAUAACAGCGACAAGAAUGUUCAGGAGGAGGAGAAGGGGGACGUUCUGGGGCAGAGUGUGGUGAAAUGCAGAGAUGAUGGUGAUGCUGCACAGGAGUCUGGCAGUGUAGACAAAGCGGAGCACGAGAUAAAUCGUCAUAUUGACUCAGCUGAAACACCAGAGGAAAGUGGAAAUGCUCACACAGGAACAAAGGAAAGCACAAUGGCUGACUCCCAUAGAAGCUCAGCUGCCGAGAUUCCAGUCACUAGCAAUGGAGACCUGGAUCAGAGCCCCGAGACAGUGUUCCAGAGGGACUACCCCAGUGGUCUCGGUGCCCUUAACCUCUCAGACACCUCAAACUUUUCCCCAACAUCUGAGGGCAUCAUUGAAUCGGGAGCAUACAAAGGGUCAGCCAGCCUGCCCACAUCACCUGUGGCACCUGUAGCUCCCAGCUCAGCUGUUGCUAGCCGCCUAGCACGCUCAUCCAGCUGUAGUCAGGCUGAUAAAGACGCAAUGCAAGCACAGCCAAUGGCAGGAGCGAUGGUCCUUUCUGAUGACUUGAAGAACCCAGCCAUUGAAAAACUGGAUCUCGUGAGAAAGUGGAGCAUCAACACAUAUAAAUGCACCAGGCAGAUCCUGUCCGAGAAGAUGGGUCGUGGUUCGAGGACUGUGGACCUGGAGCUGGAGGCACAAAUUGAAGUCCUGCGUGACAACAAGAGAAAAUACCAGAAUGUGAUGAGGCUGGCUCAGACGCUGGCCAGUCAGCUGUCCCAGAUGAUCAAGACACAGAGGCAGCUCGGCGAUGCCUUCGCUGACCUCAGCCUCAAGUCACCAGAACUCCAUGAGGAGUUUGGUUACAAUGCUGAAACCCAAAAGCUUUUGUCCAAAAAUGGGGAUACACUACUGGGUGCCAUCACCUUCUUCAUCUCUAGUGUGAACACACUUGUUGACAAAACAAUUGAAGACACCAUGAUUAACAUCAAACAGUAUGAAUUGGCCAGGGUCGAGUAUGAUGCAUACCGCACAGAUUUGGAGGAGUUGAAUUUGGGGCCACGGGACGCCACCACCUUGCCUAAGAUCGAGCAGGCCCAGCAAAUGUUCCAGGUGCACCGCGAGAAGUACGAGAGGAUGCGAAACGAUGUCUCUAUCAAGCUUAAGUUCCUGGAAGAGAACAAGGUGAAGGUAUUGCAUAACCAGCUCAUCCUGUUCCACAAUGCCAUAUCUGCAUACUACGCUGGAAACCAACAGCAGCUGGAACAGACACUCAAGCAGUUCCACAUCAAGUUGAAAAUCCCAGGUGCAGACACUCCAUCUUGGCUGGAAGAGCACUAAUCAAAGUUUGGGCGGUUUUGACAUGAAAACCCCCCAGAAACCCUCUUUUCCCUUCAACUCUAUACUUCACUGCCUUUCAAUCUUUGAAUUGUAAAUCUUUUAACAAAACACAGAAACAAACAAAAAACCACAAUCUGUUUUAAUCUUGAACAAUUGUUCUCCUCUUCACCUUUGCAGGUCUUUCAAAUCAUAGGAAAUGCACUUUUAUAUUGUGUCUUGACAAAAAUGUCGAACGGGGAGUUAUUGCAGUUAUGGCCUUUUGUAUUCCAGCUUAUGAAUGUUGUAUCGCAGCAUGGCAGACAUGCUGGAUCUGUGAGGGCAGCUACAACUGCCUUUUUAUUCACAUUUUUCCUCUACACUCACCAGCUGACUUUGAUGAGGAUGCAUGCUUUAUCUAAAGGACUCUAUCUCAACAUGUUUAUAAGAUUUGACAUGUGUUGUGAGAACAACACAGAAUUACAUUCAUAUGUCUGGAUUAUGCAAAUGUACAAAUGAUCAUUUUUACCAGCAAAUUUAAAUUAAAGUUGUAGUUUGAUAUUUUGGUAAAUAUGCCUAUUUGCUUUCUUGAUUAAAUGAUUUUUGGCGUUCAAGACGACAGCCAGGGGCUGGUUAGCUUAUAGCUUAACAUUAAGAUGGUAAAGGGGAGCAGUUAGUCUGAUUCAGCUCCGAAAUUAAUCUUUUUAUUGUCAAAAUCCAAAGUGUAAAUAGAAAUCAUGAUUUUAUGGGAGGUUUUGUACCUUAGGAUUGACAUAGGCAGGUUUCUUCCCUUUGUCCAUUCCUUGCACUAAGCAAAGUGGUACUUGUUUUAACAGACAGACAUGAGGGUUUGGUGUAUGGUCUGGAUCCUUUUCUCUACUUCUAGUAUUUCCCAAAAUGUCAAACUGUUCCUUUUUAUACAAAUUGAAUCGCACUCACAGUAAAUUCCACAUGUUACAAUGUGAUUAUUGCCUUCUUCAUACUUGGUAUUAACAUGUCUCUUUCUCCCACUUUAACAAUCGCAGUGCAAAAAGAGCUGCAUGUGCAUUUAUUUGCAUGUCAAGUGAGAUGUGAUCAUAAGUGGACACAUGUUAAUCCCGGAAAAUGUGGACCUGAUGCUGCUUUUUAAUCGAUUACCCCUAUUUUUUUUAGCAUUUGCCUAUUUAGCACACAGCUAAAUAAGCGUGUUGAUACCAGCCUUACGUGACUUGAAUGUGCCUUGUUGUCACAAAUUUGUUCUACUCCUUCAUUCUUACUGGUGUUAAACAGCACCAGUUAACUCUUGAUGGAAGAGAAUGGACCAAAUAAGCACAAACACACACUCCAAGGAUAUAGUUAAAACAUAUAUCAGGUUUAAACACUCACAAAUGUCACCUUCGGGUUUUUUUAAGUAAAAAGCUUCAUUAAUGACAUAAAGUCUAAAUCUACUUAAAGAUGUGCAGUUUAAUUAAUGCUAUUUAUCUAUAUUGCUCAUGUGCACAUGUAUGUAUUUUAGAUCAUUUACAAAAACAUGUAAGAAUUGUACGAUAUAUAAGGUGUGAACAAUGACACGGUUACCCUGAGGAACUUUAUCUUUUGUAAAAAAUGAAAAACUCAGUGUCCAUUACCUGAGCUGCUUCAUGGGCUUUGCAGUAUAAAGUAUAUUUUUCAGAGAGGACCCUUUUCACUCUGGUAUAAUUUACAGUAUAACUUAUCGUGAUGUCCUCAGUUUGCUCAUUUGUACUUCAGCUGUAGCGGUUUGAGUGUAAACCUUGUACAACAAUCUCUUCUCUUUUUUUCUUGAAAUAAGUGGACAUACAUAUAUAUUUGUAAUUUCCUCUGUUUUAUUUAGCUUUUAUGUGUCUGUGACCAAUGCAGCCAUUUAGCUUUGAUUUCCUGGAGACCUACAGUUUAUUGUGCUAGUACUAGUGGGACAUUUUGUAGUUAUGAAACAUUAACCAAUGUUGAUUCAAAAAGGAUUCAGAAUGUGGUGGUACCUCUGUGGAACAAUAAAUUUUUCUUUUCUCUUA